AUGAGGAAAUGGAAUAUUUUAAGAGGAAGAUUAUAUGCUGCUACCAGCAUUCCAGGCUCAGCUGAAGUGCUGGACAUAUCCCAUAUCCCAGCCGAGAGGACCCGCAACUUCAGUGUUAUUGCACACAUUGACCAUGGCAAGAGCACCCUGGCAGACAGGCUACUAGAGAUCACUGGUGCUAUCUCGGCGGACUCGCGGAACAUGCAGGUGCUGGACCGGCUGCAGGUGGAGCGCGAGCGCGGUAUCACCGUCAAGGCGCAAACAGCGUCCCUGUUCUACACACACAACGGCGAGGAAUAUUUGCUCAACCUGAUUGAUACUCCAGGACACGUAGACUUCAGUUACGAGGUGUCCCGAUCAUUGCAGGCGUGUCAGGGCGUGGUGCUGCUGGUGGAUGCCAACAAGGGCGUGCAGGCGCAGACUGUGGCCAACUUCUACCUGGCUUUCACCAGCGAGCUGGCCAUCGUGCCAGCCGUCAACAAGAUCGACCUACGCCACGCCGACCCGGACCGAGCCGUGGCGCAGAUGCAGCGUCUGUUCGACUGCGACCCGGACAAGAUCUGCCGGAUAUCGGCCAAGCUGGGUACGAACGUGGAGUCUGUGCUGACAUCGGUGAUAACCGAGGUGCCGGCGCCCGUCCACUGCCGCCGCGAUGCGCCCACACGCGCUCUCAUCUUCGACACGUGGUUUGACCGGUACAAGGGCUGCGUGCCGCUGGUGGCGGUGGUGGACGGUCAGCUGGCGGCCGGGGACGUGGUGGUCUCGCAGCAGUCAAGCCGCGCGUACGAGGUCCGCGAGGUGGGCCUGCUGCGACCGCACGAGACGCCCGUCCAGCGUCUGUUUGCCGGUCAGGUGGGCUACAUACACGCCAACAUCCGGACGGCGAGCGAGGCUCAGGUGGGCGACACGCUGGGCCUGCGAGGCCAUCAGAUCACGCCCUUCUCCGGCUUCAAGCGCGCCAAGCCAAUGGUGUACGCCGGCCUGUACCCGAUGGACCAGUCGCAGGUGCCCAGUCUGCGCAGCGCCAUCCAGCGGCUCACGCUGAACGACUCCAGUGUCAGCGUUCAGGUGGAGUCCAGCGCGGCGCUGGGCCAGGGCUGGCGGCUGGGCUUCUUGGGUCUGCUGCACAUGGACGUGUUCACCCAGCGGCUGGAGCAGGAGUAUGACUCGGAGGUGGUGGUCACCUCGCCGAGCGUGCCCUACAGAGCCAAGGUGCAUGGCGCCAAGAACAUCAAACACUAUGGCAGUGAGGAGAUUUCCAUUAACGGUCCGGCUCAGUUUCCGGACGUGUCGACCGUCUCCGAGUUCAUGGAGCCCAUGGUGACGGGCACCAUCAUCACACCUGGCGAGUACUUUGGCGCCGUGCAGGCGCUGGUGCUCGAGCGGCGUGGCCGUCAGUCGGAUGUCACCAACAUCGACAACGAGCGCAUCAUGCUGCGGGCCGUCUUGCCGCUCAGCGAGGUGGUAGUCGACUUCUACGAUGAGCUCAAGUCACUGUCGUCAGGAUACGCCAGCUUCGACUACGAGGAUGCCGGCUAUGAAGUCACCAACUUGUCCAAGCUGAGCGUACUGCUGAACGGCGAGCAGGUGGAGGAACUGAGUCUGAUUGUGCACACGUCACGCGCCCGCUCCAUCGGCAAGUCGGUCUGCGCCCGGCUCUCCGAGUCGAUCCCGCGUCAGAUGUUCAGCAUCGCCAUCCAGGCGACGGUCGGCGGCAAGAUCGUGGCGCGUACCGACGUCCGAGCGCUCAAAAAGGACGUGCUCGCCAAGUGUUACGGAGGCGAUAUCAGCAGAAAGAUGAAGCUGUUGAAGCGACAGGCCGAGGGCAAGAAGCGAAUGAAGCGGAUAGCCAACAUCGACAUCCCUCGGGAGACCUUCGUCAAAGUAUUAAAACGAUGAGUGCCAGCUGCCAGAAGCCCGAUAGCAUUAGUCGAGCGUGUGAAAACUGGGCAGUACGGGAUAUGCUGCAUCGUCGGGCUGUAUAUGGAGCUAGCCGGUAUGCACAGUACAAUAUUGGCAUACGUCAGGUGAAUGGCAGAGCUGGCGGGAGACAUAAUGUGGGUGCUGCUGAGUUUAUGGCGAGGUUUCUGCCCGCUCGGUGUAACCCUUUGCCACGCCCGAUCCCUGUCCAUGAACAGAUGUUCGACUGCUACUGACGCAGCGACGGGGUAUGUAAGAGCCUCUGCAGUCCUGUCUUAACAUUGUGAUAAAGCCGAGGACGUUUUCAAAAGGUGCUAGGUCCAUAUUUGUGUGUUCGAGUUCUAAGGACGUGUACUUGAUUCGUGAGGCCGUAAAUAUAUGGAUGAUGGCAGUG